GCCUCUCCAAUUCCACCAUCGCAACCUCAAAAGUCCAAGUCUCAAGUGUUCUUUUUCUUUUUUUUUUAAAUCUCUCUCUCUCUCUCUCUCUCUGUGAGAAAAGAAUAAUGGAGGGUCUUAUUCCUUUCGUGUAUAGAGCCAUAAUGCAAUACAAGAACGGCAAAGAAGGACCUCUAGGGUCAUGGCUGAAUGAUUCUCCAUCAGCUCACUACAUGCGACUUCCAGGCGAUUCAGGUCGGUUUCAGGCGUCUGAGAUACGUCUUUUUGGAUCCGAUUGUGGCUUCUCUACCGCUACUUCAACAUCUGCCAAUUUCAAUAGUACUACCACCCAAAUUCUUGUAUCCACCGGAGCUCAAUCUCCACUCUGCCGGUUGACUCCUAGGCGCGUGGCUACAUGAUCAUAUCACAUAUGCUUGAAGAAGAAAUUAAGCCGAAGGUGCAGAAUUCUGUGUACCAUAUACAUGGUAAGUUUAUUUUCACGCAUGAUUGUUCAUGUUUUCAGUUUAUUUGAAGGUAAUAAGCGUGUGGAAAACCGAAGGGGGAACACAUGCUUUUGUGGGUAUACUAGUGUGGAAGUGUGAAGGCAGAAAAAGGAAUGCAGCAUGUGGAAGACCAAAAGGGGACGCAUGCAUGCUUGUAUAUUGCAGUUAAAUUUGUUGAAUAUCGUCAAGGUAACAGAGAAGUGAAGAUCAGACUUAUGUAAAUACUGAAUUGUAAGUAAUGUUUGAGAAAAAUUAAUGUUUAUUUGUACCCAAAAAAAGGAAUUAAUGAUGUUUAAGAAUGUUUGUUGGCCAGAAGGCAAUGUUGUAUUAACCAGAAACUCAAUCUAUAUGCUUAUUUUAA